AGUAACUUAGUUUGGCGCUUUGAGUCAAGAUUUUCUACCCGAAUUUUUUAAAUCAAUAAUCUCUCCAAGAUGAUCACCGAAUUCUUUCUUUCUUGCUACGAAAUCGGAGACAAAUUUCGCUCUCAAUCCUACCCAAGAACUUUUCCCUUUCCCUCGAGGAUUUUGAUUCUUCACACCGCCCCCUUUGCUACCUUCUCGGUCUCUGCUCUUCUCUGAGCUUUUAUUAGGGUUUGCUCUGGAGUCCGCCUAGGGUUUUGGGUCUCUGGCGAUGGGUUUGCCGAUUUCUUCCUUGAAUUGAGAGGGGGAAGGUAGAUAGAGGCAUUGGAGGUCCAAUUGAAGCGGUGGGAACAAGAGAAAGAGAAGAUGAUUACGGAGAAACCCAGCUGGAUUCGUCAUGAGGGGGUGCAGAUCUUCUCCAUUGACGUCCAAGCGGGCGGUCUCAGGUUCGCAACCGGUGGGGGAGAUCACAAGGUUCGAAUAUGGAACAUGAAAUCAGUGGGGAAGGACUCAGACAAUGAUCAUUCCACCCAAAGAUUAUUGGCAACUCUUCGUGAUCACUUCGGAUCAGUAAAUUGUGUUAGGUGGGCUAAGCAUGGCCGUCAUCUUGCUUCUGGGUCUGAUGAUCAGGUUAUUCUUAUUCAUGAGAGAAAACCUGGGUCAGGAACGACUGAAUUUGGCAGUGGAGAGCCUCCAGAUGUAGAGAAUUGGAAAGUCAUCAUGACAUUAAGAGGUCAUUCUGCAGACGUGGUGGAUCUUAAUUGGUCUCCAGAUGACUUGACAUUAGCUAGCGGCAGUUUGGAUAACACUGUUCACAUCUGGAACAUGACCAAUGGCAUGUGCACUGCUGUCUUGAGAGGGCACUCUAGCUUGGUUAAAGGGGUUGCUUGGGAUCCUAUUGGUUCGUUUAUAGCGAGUCAGUCAGAUGACAAGACUGUCAUCAUAUGGCGCACUAGUGACUGGAGUCUUGCUCACAGGACAGAAGGGCACUGGGCAAAAUCUCUUGGUUCGACAUUUUUCAGGCGACUUGGGUGGUCACCUUGUGGCCAUUUUAUCACUACCACCCAUGGGUUUCAAAAACCUAGACACUCAGCACCUGUGCUAGAAAGAGGUGAAUGGUCUGCUACCUUCGACUUUCUAGGCCAUAAUGCACCUGUUAUUGUAGUAAAAUUCAACCAUUCUAUGUUUCGGAAGCAUCUCUCCAGCAGUCAGGAGUCCAAGGCUGCACCUACUGGAUGGACCAAUGGAGCCUCUAAGACUACAGCAAAAGAGCUACAACCAUACAAUGUCAUUGCUAUUGGAAGUCAGGAUCGCACUAUAACUGUAUGGACAACAGCAAGUGCCCGUCCUCUAUUUGUUGCCAAACAUUUUUUUACACAGAGUGUUGUUGAUUUAUCAUGGAGUCCAGAUGGGUAUGCACUUUUUGCCUGCUCCUUGGAUGGAACAGUGGCUACUUUCCAAUUUGAAGUGAAGGAGCUGGGACAUAGGUUAACCGAUGCUGAACUGGAUGAGUUGAAGAGAAGUCGAUAUGGUGAUGUCAGAGGAAGGCAAGCAAACUUAGCUGAAAGCCCAGCACAGCUAUUGCUAGAGGCAGUGUCUGCAAAGAAAUCAGCUAACAAGAAAGGUGCCUCCAAUAUUCAACAAAAUCAGAUUCCUGGUAAGUCCUCUGCCGAUAUUGCGAACCCAAUCAUCAGUCAGUCUAUUCCAAAGGCUCCCGAAACCCAACUGGAAGAUGGAAAGAAAAAUGGAAUAGCCAGUGGUGAUGGUUUAAAUAAAAUUGCAUCUGCUAGGGUUACUAGUCCUGUGAAACAGAGAGAAUACCGGCGUCCUGAUGGACGAAAACGAAUAAUUCCAGAAGCACUUGGAGUUCCUGCCCAUCAGGAAAAUAUCUCUGGUGUGGCCCAGGCUCAGCAGGUGGAUUUCUCUUCCUUAGCCUUGGGUCAGCAGAAGGAUGAUUGUGGAGUGCCUCUUGCUGAUGGAGGAAUAAAGGAAGCUUCCUUUAAGAGACUUUUAAGUGGAAGCUCUGAUCCUGGCAAGUGCAACACUUGCGGGUCAAAGGAGCGUUCUGGUGUUACUGCAAGGGCUAACAUUAAUGAAAGUCUUGUUAUUGAGAAGGCACCAGCCUCUGCUAGCAAUGAUGGAGGGAUGAAUAUAGAAUAUUCAGGGUCAAUAUGUAUGCCAAGUGCUCUAGCUUCUUGCAAUGCUCUUUCUAUUCGGGUAUUUAAUAAGAGAGAUAAUGAUGACAGCUUACCGCUUUGCUUGGAAGCUAAGCCCAUAGAAAGAUCUGUGCAUGACAUAAUUGGUGUUGGAAAUGCCUUUUUUACGAAGGAAACUGAAAUAACCUGCACAAUUGGAACUCAAAUUCUUUGGUCUGAUCGUGUAUCCGGAAAAGUAACUGUCUUGGCUGGGAAUGCCAAUUUUUGGGCUGUUGGUUGCGAAGAUGGCUGCCUGCAGAUAUACACGAAGUGUGGAAGACGAGCAAUGCCAGCCAUGAUGAUGGGAUCUGCAGCAGUUUUUAUAGAUUGUGAUGAGUGCUGGAAGUUACUACUUGUCACAAAGAGGGGAUUGUUAUAUGUGUGGGAUCUUUUUAACAGGACAUGUGUUCUGCAUGACUCUUUAGCUUCUUUGGUCACUUCAAGAGAGGAUCCGUCAGCAAAAGAUGCCGGCACAAUUAGAGUUAUAUCUGCAAGGUUCUCGAGGUCUGGCUCACCCUUGGUCGUUCUUGCAACUCGUCAUGCAUUUCUUUUUGACAUGAACCUGAUGUGCUGGCUAAGGAUAGCUGAUGAUUGCUUUCCAGCUUCCAAUUAUGCAAGCUCUUUUAACUUGAGUUCUAUUCAGAGUGGCGAAUUAGGCAAAUUGCAAGUUGAUGUGGGCAAAUUCAUUGCAAGAAGGCCAAGCUGGAGCAGGGUAACAGAUGAUGGGGUGCAGACACGUGCUCAUCUGGAGACACAGCUGGCAUCGACACUUGCUUUGAGGUCACCUAAUGAAUAUCGCCAGUGCUUACUCUCCUAUAUACGGUUUUUGGCCAGCUGCAGGUUUUUGUGGCUGCAAACAACCAUAAAAUGUGCUUCAUCUGCACUCUCAAGAGAAGCUGAUGAAUCCCGCCUACGUGAAGUCUGCGAGAGCUUUCUUGGCCCUCCCACUGGAAUGGCCGAGGCUGCAUCUGCUGAUGCAAAGAACCGAGCAUGGGAUCCUUACGUGCUUGGAAUGAAAAAGCACAAACUCCUCAGGGAAGACAUCCUUCCAGCCAUGGCAUCAAAUCGGAAAGUCCAGCGGUUGUUAAACGAGUUCAUGGAUCUCCUUUCUGAAUAUGAAGCUGCUGAAACAAAUGCAGAUCAAAUGGAUGUGGCCCCACCAACAAUUGAUGCCAGCUAGUAGUUUGGCUUAUGUCAGUGGUGCCUUUGCCUUGACACAUGAGUAUUAGUCACCUGUUUGUGUUGAUGUAAGGAACGCACUGAAAGAGAGAAUGAGAUGGUACAUUUUGCCAUCAUCUCUGUCUGUCAACAUCUAGCUUAUGCCAUGGAAUAGCCUCACGACUUCACUUUUUACCAGUGUUGUCUCUCUAAUGCCAUGAUGUAACAGUUGACUGUGCAACAAGGGGAUAAUGUAAGCAACAUGAAAUCUAGGGAAAUACUACCAGUCCAAUCUCAUACUUUCCUAUAUUCCUCAACUUCGUUAUAGAAUUGGUGCUAUAUGGUUAUUGGUUGUUGGCAGUUUUA